GGCGGCGGCUGGGCGGCGCCAUUUUGGCCGGCGGCCGUAGGAACACGCUGGGCGGCCGAGUAGGGAACCCGAAGACGAGCCGGCCCCCCGCGUUCUCCGCCGCCACGCCGUCGUCUUCUCCAGAAGAGCUGGAUAUUCUACAAUUAUGGCAGAUAAAUUAACAAGAAUUGCUAUUGUCAACCAUGACAAAUGUAAACCUAAGAAAUGUCGGCAGGAGUGCAAAAAGAGUUGUCCUGUGGUUCGAAUGGGAAAAUUAUGCAUAGAGGUCACACCUCAGAGCAAAAUAGCAUGGAUUUCAGAAACGCUUUGUAUUGGUUGUGGUAUUUGUAUUAAGAAAUGUCCUUUUGGCGCCUUAUCAAUUGUCAAUUUACCGAGCAACUUGGAAAAAGAAACGACACAUCGGUAUUGUGCCAAUGCCUUCAAACUCCACAGGUUGCCUAUCCCUCGGCCUGGAGAAGUUUUGGGAUUAGUUGGAACUAAUGGUAUUGGAAAAUCAACUGCUUUAAAAAUUUUAGCAGGAAAGCAAAAACCAAAUCUUGGAAAGUAUGAUGAUCCACCUGAUUGGCAAGAAAUUUUGACCUACUUCCGUGGCUCUGAGUUGCAAAACUACUUUACCAAAAUUCUGGAAGAUGACUUAAAAGCCAUUAUCAAACCUCAGUAUGUAGAUCAGAUUCCAAAGGCUGCAAAGGGAACAGUGGGAUCAAUUUUAGACCGGAAGGAUGAAACGAAGACACAAGCAAUUGUAUGUCAGCAGCUUGAUCUGACCCAUCUGAAAGAACGCAAUGUGGAGGACCUUUCCGGAGGAGAGCUACAGCGGUUUGCCUGUGCUGUGGUCUGCAUUCAGAAAGCUGAUAUUUUUAUGUUUGAUGAACCCUCCAGUUACCUCGAUGUCAAGCAACGUUUAAAGGCUGCUAUUACAAUUCGAUCUCUGAUAAAUCCAGAUCGAUAUAUCAUCGUGGUAGAGCACGAUCUAAGUGUGUUGGACUAUCUCUCGGACUUCAUCUGCUGUUUAUAUGGCGUGCCAAGUGCUUACGGUGUUGUUACUAUGCCUUUUAGCGUAAGAGAAGGCAUAAACAUUUUCUUGGAUGGCUACGUUCCAACAGAAAACUUGAGAUUUCGAGAUGCCUCACUUGUUUUUAAAGUGGCUGAAACCGCCAAUGAAGAAGAAGUGAAAAAGAUGUGCAUGUAUAAGUAUCCUGGAAUGAAGAAAAAGAUGGGAGAGUUUGAGCUCGCCAUUGUGGCUGGAGAAUUUACAGAUUCUGAAAUCAUGGUGAUGUUGGGGGAAAAUGGUACUGGUAAAACGACAUUUAUCAGAAUGCUUGCUGGAAGACUUAAGCCUGAUGAAGGAGGGGAAGUACCAGUUCUAAAUGUCAGUUAUAAGCCACAGAAAAUCAGUCCCAAGUCAACUGGCAGUGUUCGACAGCUGCUACAUGAAAAAAUCAGAGAUGCUUACACUCACCCACAGUUCGUAACUGAUGUCAUGAAGCCGCUGCAGAUUGAAAAUAUCAUUGAUCAAGAGGUCCAGACAUUAUCUGGUGGUGAACUGCAGCGAGUUGCUCUAGCCCUUUGUCUGGGCAAACCUGCUGAUGUCUAUUUAAUUGACGAACCAUCUGCCUAUUUGGAUUCUGAGCAGAGAUUGAUGGCGGCUCGAGUUGUCAAGCGUUUCAUCCUCCACGCAAAGAAGACGGCCUUCGUGGUCGAGCACGACUUCAUUAUGGCCACCUACCUAGCAGAUCGGGUCAUUGUUUUCGACGGCGUCCCAUCCAAGAACACGGUCGCAAACAGUCCUCAGACCCUUUUGGCUGGCAUGAAUAAGUUUUUAUCUCAGCUUGAAAUUACAUUCAGAAGAGAUCCAAACAACUAUCGGCCAAGAAUUAACAAACUUAACUCCAUUAAGGAUGUAGAACAAAAGAAGAGUGGAAACUACUUUUUCUUGGAUGAUUAGACUGAGAACGUUGAGAGGCCAUUUGUGAAAAAGAAACAUUGGGACAUUUGUUAUCAAAUCAAUCAGGUUUCCUGACUCACACUCUGGGGCUUGAAGGAAUUAACAGCAUCAACAACAGCUGUGUUAUUAUAAUCUGACCACAGAAAAUGUCACUUUUCUGUUCUUAAAGACUCCUUUCUUGCAUAACACUUUAAAACAGACAUUUCCAGCUUUAAAAAUUAUCCCCAAGUUUCCGUGACUUGUGAGUUUUUCAGUAGGUGUAUUAGAUUCACGUACCAAAUGCUGAUUAGUAUUGCCCCUUUUAAAAUCUUGGGGAGGGGGUUCUGUAUGUCCAUGGUUUGCCACAAAUGACAGAUAAUGAAACUGCCCUUAUAUUUUAAAAACCAGUUGAAGACACCACUGAUGAAAUUUGAUAAUAAA